UGGUUUGUGUUUUCAAGAUGGCGACUCCCUAUGUAACUGACGAGACCGGCGGGGUGGGAAUCGCCAAACCUCUCCCUUCUUUUUGACUUCACCCUUGGAUACCAUCAAGGCCAGAGGAUGGAACCAAGAUAACAUAAAAUAGGGAAGUACAUCGCCUCAACACAGCGACCUGACGGGACCUGGCGGAAGCAGCGGAGGGUGAAAGAAGGCUAUGUGCCACAAGAGGAGGUCCCAGUGUGCGUGCUUAGUCCUGAGGAGGGGGUAUGAGAACAAAUAUGUGAAGUUUUUCAAGAGUAAACCAGAACUGCCCCCAGGGCUGAGUCCCGAGGCCGCUGUUCCUGCCACCCCAUGCAGGCCUGAAGGUGGUGAACCAGGUCUCUCCAAGACAGCCAAACGCAACCUGAAGCGGAAGGAGAAGAGGCGGCAGCAGCAAGAGAAGGGAGAGGCAGAGGCCUUGAGCCGGACUCUGGAAAAGGUGUCCCUGGGAGAGACAGCCCAACUCCCCAAUGCUUCGCAGGGCUCCCGCGCAGUCCCUACAGCUAUCUCUGAUCAGUCCGACUCAGCUGCCACCACCGAGAAAGCCAAGAAGAUAAAGAACCUAAAGAAGAAGCUGCGGCAGGUGGAAGAGCUUCAGCAGCGGAUCCAAGCCGGGGAGAUCAGCCAGCCCAGCAAAGAGCAGCUAGAGAAGCUGGCAAGGAGGAGGGCACUGGAGGAAGAGCUGGAGGACUUGGAGCUAGGCCUGUGAGGCCUUUGGGGAGUAGGGAAUGGACUGCAGAAAAAACCGUGGGGCUCUCUGGGGUCCUGGGGAAUAUGGGCAGCAGCAGUCAGGAGGGGUAUCCCCAUACUGGCUCAUUUCCACCUCUUGCUGCCCAACUCUGUCUUCCAGAGUCUAGCCUCCCUCAUUUCUCCCCUUUUCUUUCCAAUGCCUACUUUUUGGACUUUCACCUUCCUAUUUCCAGUGUUUAAAAUCUCAGUGACUACCCCAGGUACCUUUGCUGCUGGUUUGGGUGUUUUGUUUAAAAGAAAAUCGGGUGGGUGGGAAUCUCUCAGCUGAGAUUGGGGGUAGGGGGACUACACCCAAGUCUUGGAGUCUUGGUUCCUGUUCACAGUGUUUAGGGGUUAUUUCCCCCUCCAUCCCCACAUUUUUUUCCCCCCUCUUUUUUUUUUUUAAAGAACAAGAAUAAACUCAAGUAGACAUGUCUUGCUUUGCCUCUUUGUUUUCAGCUCCUAAGUAGGAGUUUUGUCCUCGUAGGUUUGGCAUAGGAAGACAAGUAUUGGGAAUAUUAUUCCAUUUAAUUUUUUAAAAUUAUGAGCACAUGACUAAAUUAGCAACACUGAUUUCUGUACGUGUUUCCUCAGACUUCAUGGAACAUAAAUUAGUACUUAAAUGAAACUUAGAACAAAUUUAAUUUGACAUGUUAAUUUAUGUCAUUAUUAUUGUAGCUGUAUAUUAAUUUGGCCAUUGUACCUCUGUUACUAUUUCUACUUCACAGCUUUCAGUGAAAAGCCACUUAAUUCUUGCAUAUCCUCUAAUUUCCACACCCUGACUUAACAUAGUCUCUUUCCGGCUAGCUUAGAGACCAAGAGAGGGGGAAGUAGCUGUAAUGAACUAUCUCUGGAGUUCUAAACUCUUAGUCUGGCACGUAAGGUUCCCCCGUAAUCUGGCCCCUACUUAACUCCCCAGCCUCAUUUCUAUUCCCCAACUGUGUCAAACUCUAUGGCCCAACUGUACUGAACUACUUUUAGUUCAGUGAAUGAGCCAUAUCCUCUUCGAGCCUCAAUCCUUUGCCCUUGCUGGUCCCUUUGCCUAGAACAUUUUUCCUGACUCCUUUUCCCUAAACAACUCUUUCUUAGCCUUUGGACCUCAGCUUAAAUGUUAUUCUCUCUGGAAAGCCAUCGCUUGCCUUCCAAUAUUAAUUUACUUCCUUAAUACUCAGCACUUACCUUUGUUGUUGAUAGUGCCAUCUAGUUGGUUCCAACUCAUAGAGACCCUACGUACAACAGAGCAAAACACUGCCCAGUCCUGCACCAUCCUCAAAAUUGUGGCUAUGCUUGAGCCCAUUGUUGUAGCCACUGUUUCAAUCCAUGUUGUUCAGGGUCUUCCUCUUUUGCUGACACUCAACCAAGGAUGAUGUCCUUCUCCAGGGAUGGUCUCUCCUGAUAACAUGUCCAAGUUGCCAUCCUUGCUUCUAAGGAGCGUUGUGGCUGUACUCCUUCCGAGACACAUUUGUUCGUUCUUCUGGCAGUCUAUGAUAUAUUCAAUAUUCUUUGCCAAAGCCACAAUUCAAAUGGAUCAAUUCUUCAGUCUUCCUUAUUCAUUGUCCAAGCUUCACAUUCAUAUGAGGUGAUAGAAAAUGCCAUGGCUUGGGUCAGGCUCACCUUAGCUCUCAAAGUGACAUCUUUGCUUUAUAACACUUUAAAGAGGUCUUUCGCUGUAGAUUUGUCCAAUGCCUCACUUGAUUUCUCGACUGCUGCUUCCAUGGGCUAUGAUUGUAGAUGCAAGUAAAAAUUAAAUCCUUGACAACUUAAA